ACGAACUCUCGACAAACACGACGCAAGAAAACGACUAACUUUUAGAAAGAUGCAGGUCCAUAAACGUUCCCACCGUGGAUAACUUGGGAGCUACUCAUUUAUCGCUAUUAAGUUUCAAGUACGGAUCACGUCAGUGACAAUGGACGCGAGUGGGUGGCUCUGAAUUUUUAAGCAUUUAAUGUUAGCUUUGCGAGAAACUUGUUCGGUGCGUUUUGCCUUACAGUACAGACAGGCUUAAAGUUGGUUCAAAUAUAACGUACAACUGAAGUAUGUCUUCGAUUGUAGCCCAGUCUCACUACAUCUUUGGUUUGCGCACUGGAGUGAUCAAUAAUCUUUGCUACUUCGAUGAGCAGACUGUCAUCUUUCCAUGUGGAAAUAACUGUGUGCGCUACAACAUUGACCAGAGAUGGCAGAGGUUCAUUCCAGGCACAGAGAAAAGCCAGGGCAUGCUGGCUCUGGCCAUCAGCACCAACCGCCGCUACCUGGCCGUGUCGGAGCGCGGUGAGAAGGGCACCAUCACUGUGUUCGACCUACAGCACGAGCAGAGCCGGAAGAGGAAGGUGCUGAGCGGGGGGGACGUCUCGGUGUUGGAGUUCGUGUGUAUGGCCUUCUCGCCCGACUCCAAGUACCUGAUCGGGCAGGCGGGAGCCCCUGACUGGACCCUGUUCUACUGGAUGUGGGAGAAGCAGAAGGUCAUGGCCUCUGUCAGGACAACAGGCCCCACCAACCCCAUCAGCCAGGUCAGCUUCAACCCUCAGGACAACACCCAGGUCUGCGUGAGCGGCAGUGGUGUUUUCAAGCUCUUCCGCUACACGGAGGGCGUCCUGAAGCAGUCCAACAUUCUCAAGACGGAGUCCCAGAACAUACUGUGCCACGCCUGGCUGUCGGAGGAGCGCAUCCUGGCCGGGACCGAGACGGGUCGGCUGCUGGCGUUUGAGUCAGGUGACCUGCGCUGGGAGAUGAGCGUCACCUCCAGGCCCGCCGCGCCGGAGCGGGACAGACAACUGGACGGGAGGAAGCCAGAGGGGUCCGAAGCAGAGGGGUCAGCCGCACAGGUCCGCGCGCCCAGGGUGACAGCCAUCACGGCCUACUCCAAGGGCUUUGUCUGCUCGGCCGGCCCGGGGACCGUGUGUCUCUUUGAGAAGACUGAGGAGAAGGACAACUACAGGAAGACAAGGGAGAUAAAGAUUCCAGUGGACCCGUGCAGCAAUGAGCCCAGCCAGGCAGCGCAGCAGGAGAUAGUAACCCUGUGUGUUAGCCCCUCAGAAGAGACGCUGGUCACCAGCACCGAUAAGGGACAGCUCUACUGCAUCACCCUGUCCUCCGCUGAGAUGAGCAAGGGGGAGGAAGCCCACUUUGAGUUCCUGUCCCACUCCUUCCACUCCAACUCCAUCACGGGCCUGUCCACCUGCAUUCGUAAGCCCCUGGUGGCGACCUGCUCCCUGGACCACUCUGUACGCGUCUGGAACUUCGACACCAAUGUUCUUGAGCUGUACAAGGAGUUCCAGGAGGAGGCCUACAGUGUUUCCCUGCACCCCUCUGGCCUCUUCAUCCUGGUGGGCUUCUCGGACAAACUGCGCCUCAUGAACCUGCUCAUCGAUGAUGUCAGGUCCUUCAAGGAGUUCACUGUGCGGGGCUGCCGAGAGUGUGCGUUCAGCUAUGGCGGGCACAUGUUUGCAGCUGUCAACGGAAACGUCAUCCACAUCUACUCCACAACAACGUUUGAGAACCUUAUGAACCUGAAAGGUCACAACGGAAAGGUGCGGUCUGUCGUGUGGAGCGCUGACGACAGUCGCCUGGUGUCGUGCGGGAUGGAUGGCGCGGUGUACGAGUGGAACACCCUGAACAGCAAGCGUGAGUCGGAGAGUGUUCUGAAGUCAUGCAGCUACACGGGCGUUGCCAUCUCGUCAGACGGCAAGUCCAUCUUUGCCGUGGGAACUGACCGCACCCUGAAGGAGAUCCAGGAUUGUCAGAUCCUUAGGGAGGUGGCAGCCGAUGAUGUGGCCUACACCAGCAUCGCUGUGUCGCGCUCGGGCAGGGUGCUCUUCGCUGGGACCGCCAUCGGGACCGUCCGGGCCAUCAAGUACCCCCUAUCCAUCCAGAAAGACUGGAUCGAGUACCAGGCCCACGCUGGGGCUGUAACCAAGAUGGUGAUCACGUUUGACGACCAAUUCCUGCUGACAGUGUCUGAGGACGGCUGUCUGCUCGUCUGGAAGAUCAUUGACAAGGAAGGCCGGGGUUUGAAGAGGGACAAGGACGUCACGUACGCCGAGGAGAUCCUCAUCACCAAGUCAGACCUGGAAGAGAAGAACCAGGUCAUGUUGGAGCUGAAGACGCGCGUGGAGGAACUGAAGAUGGAGAACGAGUAUCAGCUACGCCUGAAGGACAUGAACCACAACGAGAAGAUCAAGGAGCUGUCUGAGAAGUUCAUGCAGCAGAUGGAGUCCCUGAAGACCAAGUACCAGGUCCUGAAUACUGAGAAGGAGAAGCAGGAGUUGGCCCACCAGGCGUCAAUGGGAGAGCUUGUGGAGAAGCACUUCAAAGAACAGCAAGAUUUAGAGUCGACUGGCAAUCAGAAGCUAAUGCUGGAGUACCAGAAGUACCAGGAGCUGCAGCUGAAGUGCCAGCGCAUGCAGGAGGGCCACGACGGGCAGCUGCAGGCCCUCGAGGAGACCAGGGAGCAGGCUUUGCAGGACAUCACCCUCUUCUACCAGGCCCAGCUCCAGGAGAAGACGCACCUGCUGAGCCAUUGUCAGGACGAGUCCAGGCAGCAGGUCAGGGAGUUUGACGAGACCAAGAAGCAGAUGGAGGAAGACUGGGACCGGGAGGUCCACAACAUCCGCAUCAAGUAUGAGAGGAAACUACGGGAAGAGAAGGAGGUCAGCCUGCGUCUCAAGGGAGAGACGGGGGUCAUGAAGAAGAAGUUCAGCAGCCUGCAGAGGGAGAUAGACGAGCGCAACAUGGAGAUUGACAAGCUGAGGGUGGAGCUGCAGAAGCUUCAGGGCUUCAUCAAGGCCCUGGAGAAGGACAUUAUGGAUCUGAAGAAGGAGUCCAAGGAGAGGGAUGAGACCAUCCAGGACAAGGAGAAGAGAAUCUAUGAUCUGAAAAAGAAGAACCAGGAGCUGGAGAAGUUUAAGUUUGUCCUGGACUACAAGAUCAAAGAGCUGAAGAAACAGAUCGAGCCCCGGGAGAACGAUAUCAAGGAAAUGAAAGAGCAGAUCCUCGAGAUGGAGGGAGAGCUGGACCGGUUCCACAAGAAAAACACCCAGCUGGAGCUAAACACCGCUGAGCUAAAGCUGAAACUGAAAGCCACGGACAAGGAGAUGCACAAGGAGAUGCAGAGGGUCAAGGACUUGGAGGCCUUUGUUCGCAGGUUCAAGUCAGACCUACACAACUGUGUGGGCUUCAUGCAGGAGCCCAAACAACUCAAGGACGGCAUCCGUGAGCUAUACGACCGCUACGUCCAGCAGAGUGACGUGGUGGACAUUGUGGGUGUGGAUGCAGAUAUCCAGAGGGAGUACAGCCGCCAGAGGGAACACCUUGAGAAGAACGUGGCGUCCCUGAAGAGGAAGCUGGCCAAAGACAGCGAGGUCCACCGCACACAGAAGGUCAAGAUCAUGAAGGAGAACGUGUCUCUGAUAAAGGAGAUCAAUGAGCUGAGGCAGGAGUUGCGCCUGGUGAGAGCUCAGGUCCAUGACUACGAGAGCCAAGCGGGCGUCAACAAGAGGAAACAGAGCUCCUCGGACCUUAAAGUGCUGGCUUCCGUGAGGACGCAGGGGGCGGGCCAGGUGGCCAGGCUGAACUUCGAGGAGGAGGCGGAGCGCAUCAUAGAGCUGCAGCGCCGGGAGAUCCAGAGACUGAGGCUGGAGAUCCAGAGCCAGGGCCAGAUCCACUCCCUGCAGACGUCCUCCUCCACCACCAGGCUGCCCACUCUGACCGCCUGAUGCUGGGGGCGCGGAGAGGAGACGCAGGGUAAAACACUACCAGUGUUCUUUGAAACAGUCGAGCGGAGUUUGACUGAGCUUGCCUGGCAAAAUUGGAGAACAACACACCCGCGUGCCAAUGUAGCCCUGCAGACAGGACCAGUCAAACUCGGAGACAAAUGAUUCCAAUUGAAAUCCAGGUGUGAUUGGGACUCUGAGUGGAGUCGGUUAGAGUGUCGCUGUGGCCCCCCCGGGGCUGUGGAUGGGCCGGGUACCCAAGUCCUCUAUGAAGGGGAAAGCGGUGGCCACAUAGGCCGCUUCCAGAUCUGGGCUGAUUUGCAUGACCGUAACCACAGGAGUUGGCAACACAGCACAGAAAGAUCCGGAACCAGGCUAGAAGUCACCUGAUUGGGCAAUGACGAGAUGUUGGUGUAAUGGGUUGUGUUAUGCUGUA